AGACGAUAACUGAAUUUGAGGAGAGAAGUUGAUUUCAAUUCUAUACAGACACAGAGAGAGUUACAUACAAGAUCCACUCCUCUCUGCGCUCCACCAUUUCCUCUCAUCGAAAUGCGAACCUGAAGAAGAUCUAUUCAUCUGUUUCACACCUCAGAGAGAGAAAAGACGCCAUUUUUAGACACAGACUGAGAUGGGCUGUACGUUUUCCGGACUGAAUGCGCUCUACGACGCCGUUAAUGGUGGAGCUGACGUUUGGAUCAAUGAAAACAGGUUCCGGAUCGUCAGGCAGCUAGGUGAAGGUGGUUUCGCCUAUGUCUACUUGGUCAAGGAGGUUGUCAAUGACUCUUCUGCUUCCACGUCCGGUGGCGGUGGUGGCCUUGCCAAGAAAGUCAAGGAAACUUCACAUCUCUCUGAUGAUGGAACUUAUGCAAUGAAGAAAGUUCUCAUUCAGAACAAGGAGCAAUUGGAAUUGGUUCGGGAAGAGAUUCGGGUCUCAUCCCUGUUCUGCCACCCCAACCUGCUUCCUCUUCUUGAUCAUGCUAUUAUUGCAGUGAAGACUAAUCAAGAGGGCUCUUGGAACCAUGAGGCUUAUUUAUUAUUUCCAGUUCAGUUGGAUGGAACCUUACUGGACAAUUCCAAUGCUAUGAAAGCCAAAAAGGAGUUUUUUUCUACAUCAGAUGUUCUUCAAAUAUUUUGGCAGCUUUGUGCUGGACUGAAACAUAUGCACAAUCUUGAGCCUCCAUAUGCACACAAUGAUCUUAAACCUGGUAAUGUACUUCUAACACAUAGAAAAGGACAGCCACCUCUUGCCAUAUUGAUGGAUUUUGGGAGUGCUCGACCUGCAAGGAGACAAAUCCGAUCUCGUUCAGAGGCACUGCAGUUGCAGGAUUGGGCAUCUGAGCAUUGUUCAGCACCCUUUAGAGCUCCUGAAUUGUGGGAUUGCCCAAGCCAUGCAGACAUUGAUGAGAGAACUGAUAUUUGGUCAUUAGGAUGCACGCUAUAUGCAAUAAUGUAUGGGGUAUCCCCAUUUGAGUAUGCACUUGGAGAAUCUGGAGGAAGCUUACAAUUGGCUGUCGUAAAUGCACAAAUAAAAUGGCCUGCUGGCCCUAAUCCUUCAUAUCCAGAAGCUUUACGUCAGUUCGUGACCUGGAUGCUUCAGCCGCAGCCUGCAGUUCGUCCUUGCAUUAAUGAUAUUAUAAUUCAUGUGGACAAGCUGAUCACAAAGUUUUCCCACUGACGUGAAAUGGAACAAAAAGGGAUCUGCAUUGUCAAUGCAGCAAGCACUUUCCAAAACUAGCUUGUGCAUCAGUGGAUUUUGGAUGUUCAGAAUACUUGAAAAUGGCAGCAAAAGCGAAUAGAAGUUCCCUGUUAGAAGAGUUUUACAGAGGUGAAUUUUUUUAAAAAAAUUUUUGAAAUUUUUUGAUGUUAGUGUAUUUGUUGUCGCAGUAUGUUCUGUAAUUUAUUAAAAGAUCAUCCUGUGGCACCCCAAUAUUCAAUUUCUUAAUUGAACCAUAAUAAUUGGCGAUCCUCGCCGAUUUAUGUUUUUUAGGACUUAUAUAAAAAGUUCAUUUUAUUU